AUGUAUCUUCAGCACUGCUCACUGCACACAGAAACGGAGCAGGAGAGCCCAGGUAACGAAGGUGCUGAAGAAGAAGCCCUCGGUGCCGCGGAGGCUGAAGGCAGCUUUCGGGAGCAGCCAGAAGCAGAGCAGCAGGCACUGAGGGCUAAGGUUGCUGAACUGCAGGAAGCCAACCAAGAACUCUGUGAAGAACUGCAGAAGACAAAACAUGACUACAGCAUGGCCGCAGGUGCCCUCUCUGCCGUGCAGAGACAACUGGAGAUCCAAGAGUCCCAGCUUCGGAGAACCAGAUCUGAGAAGGAAACACUGCAAAAGGAGCUGAGAGAGAGAGAAAAUCAGCUGCAAGCCAUGUCUGCCAAGUUUUGCAGCCUGAGAGAAGAAUGGAAACAUGCAGAAAUGAUGGCAACAAUGGAGAGGGAGAACUGCAGUCUUCGACAGACCGUUACGAAACAAGAAUCCCAACUGGCUGAGCAGAACCAGGUGAUCAGUGAUCUACAGAGCGCGGUCAGCCAGCUGCAGGCAAAGGUUCUGGUCAACGAGUACCACAUCCAAGAGCAGCAACGGGCACAGGAGGCAAUCCAGAGCCAAGCCGACCUGCUGCAGCACACGGAGCAGCAAACUAAAGUAGCACUCCAAAGCAUCACCAGCAGGUUUGAAAGAUAUCGAAGCAAAAUAAUUCAGGCCACCUUCAGUGCUGCUGGCAGCAAGUGUCCCCAGGCAGAACUGACUGAUGAGGAGGUGCUGGAGGCCAUGCAGAAAAUUAUUAACGAACGGAUGGAGUUCCAUCAGAUGCUGAAACAGAAGGGUGUCAAGGUCCCAUCUCUCUACAGCCCCGACACACCUACUUCAGCCCUCGCCAAUUCUAGGAGUAGCAGAAAGAGUCCCCAAAAGUAA